AUGCAUAGCAACGUCUUUGCUGUUAUGUGGUGGUCAAAAGCGAAGUAUCGAAGUCGAUCUGUGAUCGGUUACUUUUUCAUGAUUUUAACAGUGAACACUUUGUCAACGGAUGCAGCGACGCGGAUGAAAUCGUGUCCGGUAAUGCAAUUACCUCAGCAUGCAUUUUUCUUUUCGGGUUAUUGCAAACAUACGUCAGGUUCGCUGUGUGGACUUGGAUGUUUGCCUGGAUAUCGUUUAGUCAGUGGUGACAGUUACCGUGAAUGUCGUUCCGAUGGAACAUGGACUGGGCAGCAACCGAAAUGUGAAGAAAUUCAUUGCACUGCAUUACAAAAUCAUUCACGAGUUAUACAAGAUUGUUUUCCCCAACAGAAUCAUACGAAGUUUCGAUUUGGUACGAAAUGUCGAGCUAGAUGUAACGAUACAGGAUACCGUUUGAUUGGUCCACGUAUACGUGAGUGUCUAAGAAUAGGCCGGUGGACGGGAUAUGAUCAAGUUUGUAUCGUCGGCACGGAAACCACGCCGCUUGUAAUUACAAGUUCAACAACAACACAUCGUGUAACAACUACAACUGCGAAAUAUCUCGAUUAUUCAAAUUACGCAUUAAAAAUUCAGAAUAAUGAUACAGGAAUACAGUUAACACCAUUUAAUGCAUCACAAUUUACUAUUAUCUUUUGGUUCUAUUUGGAGAAUAAUACCAAAGCACAUUUACUCUCAUUCGAGCAAGAUAAUAGCAGUAUUCUCUUUGAAUUAGCCAUUCAACAGAGCAGACUAUUGAUUUCUCACUCACGUCAUAAUCAAAACAAAUCUCCGAUAACAACGUUUGGGAAUGUUCCGAAGGAAAGAUGGAAGCAUUUCGCUUGGACAUAUUCAACCGAAAAUCAGCAAUCAAAUUUAUAUAUUGAUGGCGCACGUCAGCAAUCGAUUGAUUUUCGAGUAAUAAACUUCGAUUCACAAAGCAAAUGUGAGAAGAUUAAAAUUAUUUCAUCGAAAAUUUCACGGAUUUAUUACACGCGUUGA